AUGGACACAAAAUCUGACUCGCAGCAUGUUGAAACCAUGCAGCCAGCAGUGGCUAAAAGGCGUUGUACCUGGCAAGUCAUCUUGUUUUCCAUGCUUGCCAACAUUGGCCCCUUGAUGUUUGGGUAUAAUCUCGUCAUUAUUGGUGCAGUCACUGCAUUACCUACUUUUCAACAUGACUAUGGACAACCGAACGCUGCCGGGAAAUACACGCUUCCUGCCUUGUGGGUGGGUCUUUGGGCUGGUUUAGUCCAGCUUGGUGUGAGUGGUGGCUCAGUCAUUGCUGGUUGGUUUCAAGAUCGCUUCGGACGUCGGCCAUCUUUCCUCCUAGGCGGCUUGCUUGGUGCUGCUGGGACUGCCAUAUCCUAUAGCUCGGCCUUUCCGAGCGACACUGACCAUCGGCGUAUCAUGUUCCUCCUUGCAAAGAUUAUCAUUGGAAUUGCAUGUGGCAUACUGCUCUCGACAUGCCAGACCUAUAUUUCAGAAAUCGCACCGAUAGGUGUUCGAGCCAUUGUUCUUGGAUUUUAUGCCUUCAAUAUCUCUGUUGGUCAUUUAUUCGCAACUGUCGCGGUAUUCACGCAAACGCAAAAUCAAACAUCGAGCGCCUAUCAAGUACCCUUUGCAACACAAUGGGCAUUUGCUGCUUUUGCUGUCAUUUUGGUCUUCAUACUUCCCGAAAGUCCCGUCUGGUUGUUGCUACAAGAACGGUACGACGAGGCUCAUCAAGUGAUUAAAAGACUAGGCGAAAAGAACAGCGAACAAGUACUUCAAGGCAUGCAAGCAACGUUGAUAAACGAGAGAGCAACCGAGGCUCACGGUUCAGAGAAUCCGACGUACAAGGAGUGUUUCCAAGGCACAAACCUUCGCCGAACCCGUAUUAUCAUCAUCCUCAAUCUUAUCCAGCAAUUUGUAGGCAUUGCCAUUGUGACGAAUGGCGCCUAUUUCUUGACCGUGGCUGGUAUGAGCAGCACCAAUGCUCUUAUGGUCAACCUAAUCGGCAUAGCCUCCAGCAUUGUGGCAAAUAUGGCUUCAUGGUGGACGGUCUCCAAAUUCGGUCGACGUACCAUGACACUGAUCAGCAUCGGCCUUGACUUUUUGGCUUGGGUGUCAAUGGGUAUCGCCGGGUGCUUCUCAUCUUCUGCGGCAAAAUGGUACGUCGGUGUUGCACUUCUUCUUUUCGGAUUCUUCAAUAGUCUUGGUGUGGCUAGCGCGAUUCCCGUCAUCAGCGCUGAGAUCUCAACGGUUCGACUUCGUUCAAAGAGCCAAGGCAUUGGCCUCACGGCUCAAUGCAUUGGUGCUUGGGCUUUCAAUUUCUUUGCCCCUUACCUCUACAACAGUGAUCAGGCCAACUGGGGAGGCAAAAUCGGAUUCUUUUUUGCCGGAUUAUCUACAAUAGCCUUUGCAGUCACAUGGUGGGAUGUGCCCGAGACAUUGGGAAGAUCGUUUGCACAAUUGGAUGAAUUAUUUGGGGAAAACAUUCCGGCUCGAAAGUUCAAGAAAACGCAGCUUUCCGUUGAGCCGAGUCAGGACACAAAGCUUGGAGCGGAGAUGUUUUGA